AUGCUUCACAAUGCAAUUAUACUGGAGGUGGUUACCAUCGCUACGGCCCGACCAGUAGUUACCGGAGCCACCCACGCUGACUGCCGCUACAAGGGCGUCUCACCUCCAGAGAGCAGCCACUCAACUCUCAGCCAUAUCAUUGUUUUGACGUACCUGAAAAUAACUGCUAUCAUAACAUCAGCCCUAUAUCAUCCUUUAACGCUUACAGAUUUUACAGAAAUCUCAUAUGUUGCAAGAACUGCAUCCAAUCGACUGCAGAGCCCGAGCAAAAAUGGUUACAAGGUCAAGGUGAAAUGGCUAGCACGGAUACUGGCCAGGCUACACCGAGCAAGAAAUUCAUCAACUCUUUUACAAGUGGGGAAUAUCAAUGCAAUGGUGAUGAAGCAGAAGUCAAAGAAAGGAACAGCAAUGAUAGACUACAAGACCAAGCAAGGAGCGGAUAUGGCAGUCCAAUUUGAGAAAGGCCAGAUUGGAAAACCUGUCGAAGUUUCACAUGUCUCCGAAAAACCACCCAAGGAAUCUGCAUCGAAGAGCAAAGAACCAGAGCCCAAAGCGAAAGGCUUCGAUUUUGAGUCUGUGGCAGACAUGAAUCGAAGGCGAGAAGAGGAGAGAAAGAGGCUGAUUGAGGAAAUUUUGAGAAGUGAAAAUAUGUGAAGCUACCUUUCUCUCCCACUUCUUUUUUAAUGGAUGAAAAGUGCAAGAUUUGAAGUGUGAUAGUUUUAAGAGGAAUAUUUCUUUUUAAAUAAAACUUAUUUUUG